AUGCGAUCGCGUAUAUUUGCCGAGAAAAAUAUCAAAUACAAAGAGGCGGUCGAGCUGGCUCUGGCACUUGAGGCUGCAGAAAAGCACGCGGAGGUGAGCGCCGCUACAACAGCGAUGGCGUCUACCUCGGCCUCUGGCUUGGGCGGCGAGGUGAGCGAGGGCUUGCACCGGGCGAGCGCGCAACGAGCAGGCGCACGCGGCGGCAGCGGCGGCGGCGCGGCGGCCUGCUGGCGCUGCGGCAAGCAGCACCGGUCAGAUCGGUGUCGGUUUGCGCAAUAUAAUUGUGAUCAGUGCGGCCAACGGGGCCACCUUAAAGUAAUGUGUAAAAAGGUGUUCAGUGAAGUGCGCAGUGGGCUACGUACCGGAGCUCGAUCGUGUGGUCGACCAAAUUUGGUGAACCAGGUGGAUACGGAAGAAGAUGAGGACUUCUAUAACAUUAAGUUGUCGGCUAAAGGUACCACACCAUAUUUCAUUAUAAUUAAUGUGGACGGUCAUCGUCUAGAGUGUGAGGUCGAUACGGGCAGCCGUAUUUCGGCUAUCAGUGCAGAUUUUUAUAAACGGUACUUUUCAAAUAAAUCAUUAAAUGUCGAUAACCUAAUAUUACGUUGCUACUCGGGCUCCCGUAUCGAAUCGCUAGGUUACAUUUAUGUCGAAGUACAACUGGGUGAGACUCGAGCUAAAAAUUUACAACUGUAUGUUAUUAAAAACGGAGGCCGUCCUUUGUUAGGUCGAGCAUGGAUGCACGCUCUAAAUAUAAGGCAAAUUAACUUUAAUGAAAUUGUUGAUGAUGCAUUCACGAGUCAAUUAUUGACUGAGUUUCCGGAGGUGUUUUCUGAUAAACUGGGUACUUGUAAAAAGACUAUUCAAUUAGAGCUGACGGAUAAGGAACCCGUGUAUGUUCGCGCGAGGCCCGUACCUCUCGCGUUGCGCGCGCGGCGAGCAAGAGCUCAUACGUCUCGAGCGAGAGGGCACUAUUUAUCGCGUCGAUCAUUCUGA